AUGUCGAAAUACGAUCAACCCAUGAGCCCUCCUCCCUCCUACGCUCCGGGCGGCGGAUACCAACAAUCACCCCCGCCGCAACAACCCUACGGAGGCCAAGCGCAGCAAUACUAUCAACAACAACCCGACUACAACAACUAUCAACAGCAACCGCAGAUGGCCUAUCCUCAACAAGGAUACCCACCGCAAGGACAGCAAGGAUAUAUCCCACCGCAAGGAUAUCAAGACAACGGAAGGGGACGAGGGGGUGGCGGAACGACUGCAGCGAUGGGAAUUUGCGCGGGUCUUUGCGCGGCGCUGUGCUGUUUGGAUUGCAUCUUCUAA